CUUCAAGGGGGCGGUGUUGCGGCUCAGCUGCGAUGCGACGCGUAAGAGAACCUUAACUUGAGGGGUUUGGACUUCAAACUGGUUUUUAAGUUUUUAGAUUUUGCUUUUCUUUUUGAAUUUUACUCUUUUCAAAAAAUUCUUGUGUGAAUUGACGUGGAAAGGAAGAAUAUUGUUCUGGGAUAUUCGCAUUGCAAUCGAUCGAUUUCAGUCUGCGUAUUAAGAGUCCGGGACGAUCCUACGUUUCAGCCACCCACUCUCCCGCACAAGCAACCAAGCAAGCCAUUGCUCAACGGACAGAAAUAGAAGAUACGAAACUGGUCUUCUCUCGCAGACUUAACAUCAACCGUCCUCACACAACACCCAAAAACCCUCAACCGAAAUAAAUAAACAAAUCAUCAAAAAUGGCAGACGUACCCCUAAAGCCCCUGCACCCCACAGACCAAGACCCGCCCUGUCCAGCAUACGCCGAGGACGCCUCGUCCGCCGCGGCCGCGGAGUCCCAGCCUUUCAUCACCCUCUCCGAGCGCGACAUCGAGGCCGCGGCACCGCCCGCCUACGUCGAGAACCAGGACGACAGCGAAAACGCCGACGGCGAGGCUAGCCCGUUUAAGGGGAAGUCGGUGCCGGUCCGGGUGUUGCUGUGUUUGAUGUCGAUGCUGCUGUUCGCGGUUGGGAUUGGUGGGCUGCUGACUUUGUUUAUCGUGUUUUUUAAGAUAUUGGUGCUUGUUUGGACGAAGUUGGGGUUGUUGUGAGGCGGGGAGAGAUGCGGCUGGGCGUUUAGGGAGGUAAUCUGGAUUUUUGGACGGCUUGACUGUGUAUCAUUAUAGGGUGGGGUUCUGAGACAAGCUCGGGUUCUCGCUCGAGGGGAAAGGGAUUAUGAUAACAUUUGCGAUUGGCUGGGCAGGUUGUUCAGAAGAGGGUUACCAGAGAAAUACCGAUAGCGCUGAUAUGAAUUGAACCUAAACACCCUAAUAACUGAUCUCCUUUAUAAACCAUGAACGGGAUCUUGAAUAUAAAUACUAACAGCAUGAUCCAAUCAUGUUAAAC